UACGUUGUUGUGUAGUUUGCAUUAAAAUCACAAUUAUUAUUAAAUUAUCAAAUACAAAUAUUGUUGGUGUUAUUAAUUGAGAUUUCUUUUUGUACUCUCACCUUUCUUUAGUUAAAUUAGAUUUAGCGUCGUAAGUACAAUUUGUUUUCAUUAGUGUUGCUACCUACGGGUUCGAUUCGUGAAAAUCUCUAGAUUUUUAUUCAUAAUAACUUUCUAAAUUCUGUGGUAAAUACCUAACGUGUUGCGUUGUGUUUCGUUGUUUCGUUUCAAUUUAGUUUUGUAUUACCUGUUAAUCAUUUAUUAAACAUUUUUAGUAGCAGCCCUGGACAGCGGUUUACGGUUCUACGUUGCGCAGUCUAAUUUUUCAAUUAGUUAACAAUUAAACACAGAAAAGAUACAUCUAUAAUAUAUACUGUAAAACAAGCAAAACAACAAUAAUGGAAGUUAUUAUGCAAGAACACUUUGAUAAAAUGUAUCAAUUCUAUGAGGACAAAGAAUUUUGUGAUGUAACCUUGGUUACCGACGAAGGCUUAAAAAUAGAAGCACACAGAAAUAUAUUGGCUUCUGCGAGUGAUGUAUUUUACACUAUGUUCAGCGGACAGUUUAAAGAAAGUAACAAAAAAGAGAUUCUUGUAAAAGAAAUAGAUUCUGAAAUUUUAGAAUUGGUAGUCAAAUUUGCAUAUACUUGUAAAUUGGAUAUUAAAAAAAACAAUUGUGUGAAACUGUUGAUGGCUGCUGAUAUGUAUCGUCUAAAAUAUAUAAAAGAGUUAUGUUUUCAAAAUAUUAAAGAAAACAUAAAUCCUUCAAAUUGUGUGAGUUUUAUGAAAAAUUCCAAAUUAAUAUCAGAUGAAAAGAUUUACAAUUUUUGUUGGUCAUAUUUUUUAAACAAUUUCGCUACAAUUGUGAAUUCGGAUCAAUCAUUAGAAACACUUUAUGACUUUGAGUUUGAUGAUGUUGUCGAGUUUAUUGCACGUGAUGAUUUAGUAAUCGACUCUGAGGAAAAGAUAUUUGAUUUUAUCAUUGGUUGGAUACGCUAUAACACAGAUGAACGUAAUGACUUCUUACCGGUUCUUAUGAAAUAUUUACGUUUGCCUUUAAUUUCAAAAGAAGGACUACUAAGGAUUUAUGAUCAUCCAUUAGUGGGAAAUAAUACUAAAGUUAAGACAAGCAUGUUAGAAAAUUACAGUACUUACGACAGCUCCAAACCAUCAUAUAUUUUAAGAAGAUAUAUUGGAAUUGAAUCAUCAAAUAUUGUUUUUGCAAUUACUGGUCAUUCAAACGGUGCCAGUUCCUGUGUAAAGUAUAUGGAUAUUAGAAAUGACAACGACUUAAGAUGGAAAUCAAGCGAUCAUUCAUUUUUUUUGCCUCCCCGUAAAGGCUCAAAGAUGGUAGUCUCUGAAAAUGGGAUAAUACUAGCCAUUGGUGGUUUAAACGAGACUGGUAGAUUGGUCAAUCUUGUAGACGAGCUUGAUCUUAAGUUAAAAUCAAAACAAUGGGUUUCUACGAGGCCAAUGAAUCGAUCACGAAUAGAAUUUUCUGUUUGUACUUACAAUCAGUACAUAUAUGUCGUUGGAGGCUAUGAUUUAUCAAAUAAGAAUCGUUUGAAUUCUGUAGAAUACUAUGAUGUAAAUUCGAAAGUAUGGACGGAAAUCACUAAACCAAUGCCUACUGCUCGAUCCUAUUGCAGUGCUGCAGUAUUUAAUAAUAAAUUAUAUGUAUUUGGUGGAUUUAAUAAUCGGGUUUCUCUUGCAACUGUAGAGUACUAUAAUUUUGAAAAGAAACACUGGAAACAACUCGAUCCUAUGCCGAUUUGUAAUUUUGACAUGGGUGUGUCAAGAAUAGGUAACGUCAUUUAUCUCAUUGGUGGUUCUUGUGCACCUCGACGAGUUUCUAAAUUCGAUUUACAACAUUUCACAUGGGAUGAAAUGCCUGACAUGAACACGUAUUGUAAAGGAGAUUGCUCAAGUGUUUUUAUCGUGAAAAAUGACCUGUUCGUGUUUGUGAAUAGUGGAGGAAAACUUUAUUGUGAAAGAUAUGACGGAGAAAAAAAUCAAUGGCAAUUGGUUGACGUGACAGGAAAGUACUUAGGCCGAACGUUUCAUUUGUUUACUUUUAAUGAUAUUACUCUUACAUCCUAUGGUAUUCAAUUAUAGUACUAUUUUUUUAAUCAUACCUUUUUGUGAAUUCAAUUUAGUCUUGAAACUAUUUACACAUUUUGUUGUUGAUAAUUAAUUUUUAUUUGUUAAUACUUUGGGAAAACUUCACUGUAAAUUAUAUUACACAAAUAAAACACGCCAUCUAGUUGUCAGGGUAAAAGAUUCAUCAAACGUUUACAUGUUUAUUAGAACUGAAAAGAUGAUAAAGGCAAUAUGCUUUUGGUUUUUGUUCAUUGUCUAUUUGGAAAAUAUAAAAUAAAGCCAAGUGUAAGUUUAAAAUAAUCAAAUUGGUGUUAAUCUGUGAUAGACGAAUCAAUUCUAGAAUAACACUAUUAGACAAAAUAAUAAAUAAAUAUAUAAUUUUUAUUUGAAACUUGACGAGAUCUAUAU